GCCGCCAGUGCUAUUCGUCGCCGCAGUGCGAUACGGUCGAUAGAAGAAAACGUGGCCGACAGUCUCCGGUGGUUGCAGCUGCCGCAGACACCGUCGCGUCGUUUCUCGUUCCCUUCAGCCCCAACGUUUCCAACAAUUUCCCCGGAAAUAUCGCCCUUCGACGCGUAUUCUUCUCCCUCGUUUCACCCCUCUCUCGGCAGCUACUGCGUCGAGGGUGGCUACGCUUGAGCACGCUUCAUUCCGCUUCGGAAUGUCGCGCGUACAACGUCAUGACGCAGGAGCGUUCGGCUAGGAACUCCUGUGAACAUGACGAGUAGCUCGUUGGAGCCACGCGAUCACGAGCACGCCGGAAGAAGCGAGGAGGACGUGCACAGGUGCGGAGGUGCACAGACGAUUCCGUGUGGUUGGAAACGCGCGUGCCACCGCUGAUCUAUAAUCGCUCGCGCUAACGUAAACGAUCGUGAAAACACGGCUGCGUUGCGAGCCGUGACAUUGGACUCUCGUACAUACAAUCUGUUUACGUGCGCGGUGGCUUACGACAGAGCUCAACAGUCAGCGUCCACCGUCGCGAGCGCCGCGGCGAAAAUCGCGCGAACCGGCAUCCCUGACCUUCACGCGAUCGCUCGUCAAUUACCGUCGACCUCUGAAUUUAACGAGUCAGGUAGACAAGUGGCAACCGCUAGUUGCCAGUCAGUUCGUAACAAUCGCGUGAGUCACACUCGACGAUCGUGUUGCACGUGGUGUCGAUCGAGGUUCAAACAAGUGCACGAAUCGGUCUUUGGACAUUCGUCGUGAAUUCUCAGUUGUCGUCCCGUUUGAAAAUCCACGCGUUUAAGAUAAAAGAUCGUGAUUAUUUUCACACACAACUCGAACUCCGAACGUUCGGUGAAUUUACACGAAAGUUUCGACGAGAUUGAUAAUCGCGCUCGAGUCAGCAACGUGACCAGCCUUCCAUUGAAUCGUUUCCACCCCUCCGUUUCCAACGAUCGACGUCGCGAUUCUCGAAGGAUCGACAGUCUGUGCAGUGGGCGGAUUGGCGCCGCCGGGGGUUGCCCGAUCGAUUUCAGCCUCCUCUCGAGGAUGUUCCGGCCCGACGUAGCGGUUCGAGUUUUUACGUAGCAGUCACGUGCCAAGAAGCGUAGUGUGCGCGCUGUGGGGGUCGGAGGGGGGCCGUUUUGUGGCCGUCGCAUCAUCGAAAGGGGGACACAGCAAAGGGGUGGAGGAGAGUUUUCCCGGUACCUCGACAUCGUUGUGGAAAAUCGAUGGCGGCCACCCCCGUUGCAACCCGGCGCGGUGCAAUGACCUCCAAACCGGGAAGGUCCUACAGCAUGAGGUCCCCGCGCGUCGGUGGGCCCCUCUCCCAGUCGUUAGCGAUGAUCCCGCCAACGAUGCACGGUCAUGAAUUCAAUCAGCCGCUGUCGAGGGUGGUUAUGGUCCGUAAAACGGAUCAAAGGACCUUCAGCAAGGGUAGACGGGGCGGUGAGCCUCUCCUUGAAACGGUUACCAGGGAGACCGUCGAGCUUUUCAACGGCGGCCGCGCCGAGAGGAAGUACACGUCCGAAACACGGGACAUCGUCACGCCAAAGUCGAACAGUAUGCCCUCGCUCACCGUUAACGGAACGAAAAAGAAGGUGGUCGGCUUUGUCGACCAGCUGUCGCCCGAAAGGUCGAGGACGGACUCGGUGAGAUCGAAGUCCCCUCUGACAGCGUCGCCGGCGUCCCCAGGUCCGCUGUCGAACUCCUUGCACGGCAGUUUUCACGGUAGUUUAGGAAGCGAUGGCAUGUCUUGCAGCAGCGCCAGGUCAUCGUCGGCCUCCCCUGAUUCUGCAAGAUAUUCCUCCACGCCGAUAUCAAAGACUGACACACGUAAACCGUCUGUGCGCAGAUUGGGGCCUCCUAAGGAAUUUAUCAACGUUUGCCUCGAGACGCACAAUUUGUACCGCGUAAGACACGGCGUACCAGCUCUUCGUCUUAACAAACAGUUAUGUAAAACAAGUCAGGACUGGGCCAACAUACUGGCAGCUAGGGGCAGGUUAGAGCACAGGGCGAACAUAGAUUAUGGUGAAAAUCUGUAUUGCAUGUGGAGUUCGAACCCGAAGACUAUCGUAGGCGGAGACGAGCCAGUAAACGAAUGGUAUGCCGAAGAAGCGCAACAUCAAUACGGAAAGGAGCCCACCACCCUAAAAACUGGCCACUUCACCCAAGUCGUGUGGAAGGACAGUACAGAGUUGGGUGUCGGAAUGGCCAGGAAUCGAAACGGCGAGGUUUACGUCGUUUGUAAUUAUAAUCCUGCCGGAAAUUUCUUGGGUAGCUUCACGGAGAACGUUCUACCUCCAGGAGGCUCGAGCCCUACCAAAAAGAUCACCUUCCUAGAUUCUAAGGUACAUUACCCGUUAGACGAACAAUCGUGGCAACAAGAGGCUCUACUCGUUCACAACGAAUACAGAAGGAGACAUCGUGUUCCUGACCUGAGGUUAAGCGCGGAAUUGACGUCUGCAGCUAAGGCGUGGGCGAACACGUUGCUGAAUACGAACAAGCUGAUCCCUCAGUCGACGUCUCCGUACGGGGAGAAUAUCUACUCGAUGCAAUGUUCGGAUCCAAAGUUAAUCGUACCGGCACGGGAAGUUGUUUCCAAAUGGUACUCCGAGAGGAAAGAACAUAAAUACGGCACAGAACCAAAGAUCUUGAACACAUGUCAUUUCACGCAGAUCGUUUGGAAAAAUACCAUCGAGAUGGGUAUAGCGAUGGCGAAAAGGGACGGAACCUGCGUGGUAGUGGCGUGUUACCAUCCGAGGGGUAACAUCGUUGGCCAGUUCACGGAGAACGUGUUGAAGCCUGUGAAGAGCCACUAGUUCAGAGUUCGUUAGGCGGAUUUACCCACACCUGUCGAUAUUGUAUUUAAGCGAUGUAUUUAUAAUACCAUGAAUAGCGACAAUACGCAUAAUAUAUAUGUAUAUACACCAGCCAACACCAGAAUGUGCAUACACGUAGAAUAAACGAGAACAUUCCACGUACUACGCGAAAUCGAAAACAUCUCUCGUCUGUUUUAUUAAUCGUCGGUAUAAAACAUGGCGUCAUGAUAGUAAAGAAUCCUCGGCAACGACGAGCAUGAGACGUGUAUGUACGCGUUUGACCAUUUAGAACCGGCUUCGUUUUUUUUUUUUUUUUUUCUUUUUUGAGAAUCUGAAAACAGAUUGUGACGUUGAUAUCAAUCUUUUCUUUCUUUCUUUUUAAAAAAAUGAUAUUUUAAUUAUGUCGUACAGGGGGAAGAUACAAUUUUGUGAAACACGUUUUCGUUUAGAAAUCUCUUUGUGACUAGUAAGGGAAUAAAAGAAUCAUUUGCUACGGCGAUAGUUGUUUUAGUUGAUUGACACAAGUAUUUUCAAUGCUUUCACUGUUGUUUCGAUAAGUGAGAAAACAAAGACUAUUUUUUUUUUUUUUUUUUUAAUAUAUAUAUAUAUAUUUUAAAAGCCGGUUACCGAAUAGUAAUGCGAUAGCGUAAUUUCUUACGGAUAAAUAGUAUUAAUAAAUGAAAGAAAUUGUCAGUGACUGAACGUUCCUUCGCUCUUUACCUCAGAAACAUCACGAAGCGAGACAUACCUGUAAUUUUUCUGACAAUACAACCACGGGUAGAGCAUAGUGUCGAAUCGGCAAUGAAUCCUCGUCAUUUGAAAAGAACCAUUGUUAUAUUUCCAUCCUAUUUCAAACAAAUGAAAUAAAUAAUUCAGAAAACUCAAUGUUCGCAUCAAUCAAUAAAAAAAUAAUUAAAUUACAAGUUACCAGACAACUUCGAAAUAUAUACACACAUUCCUGGAGAAGAAAAAACAAAAAAAGGAAGAAGAAGAAGAAAAAGAAGACGAAACCUAAACAUUUGUAAUACAAGUUUUCACUCGAGCUAUGCUACUUUAAGCGACGAAAUCAAUGGAAUUGUACGUUCACGAAAUAAAGUGAAUCUGUCGGAAGAAAA